ACUUCCGCCCCCGCGCGGAAGCUGGGAGGUCGGAGGACUAGGGAGGUGGGGAUCCAGGGGCGGUGGCAGUCCGGAAUCUAGGCGACGGGGAGAGACGGGGCCGGGAGGUGGCGGGAGGGGGCCGGGCCGGAGCCGGCGGGAGGGCCAGGCCCGGAGGCCCCCACCCUGGCGUGCUCGCCCCGGCCACGGCUGAGGAGGAGGAGGUGGAGGAUGAUCUCCAGAUACAAUCGGAAGGCGGUGCCACAGAACUUGGAGCUGAAAAGAAUAACAAAACAUGCUCUUAAUCAUCAUCCCCCUCCAGAGCAUCUGGAUGAAAUUUCCUCUAACAGUGACAACCAUGAAAAAGACACAAGUUCCCAAAGUGAAUCUGACAUCACACGAGAAUCACCUUUUACAUCAGCCGACACUGAGAAUUCAAGGUCUGCUUUUCCAAAUUAUACAGGCACAGGGAUUUCUACUGAAGGCAGCUCGGACUUCUCCUGGGGAUAUGGUGAACUUGAUCAAAAUGCCACUGAAAAAGUUCAGGCAAUGUUCACAGCCAUUGAUGAGCUCUUAUAUGAGCAGAAGUUGAGUGUGCAUACAAAGACUCUACAAGUGGAGUGCCAACAGUGGACAACUAGCUUUCCUCACCUCAGGAUUCUAGGUAGGCAGAUAAUUGCUCCAAGUGAAGAUUAUGGAGUGUAUCCUAGAUCCCCUUCUGUUUCAGUUUCAUAUGAAGCAACCCUGUCUCAAGAACGAGAUUCUACUAUGGAAGAGGGAUUUCAUGGAGAGAAAUCAGAAGCAGCUACAGAGAAACAGAAAUUAGGGUAUCCUCCCAUUGUUCCAUUUUACUGCAUGAAAGAGGAUGUCCUUGCUUAUGUGUUUGACAUCGUCUGGAGCAAGGUUGUGGGCUGUAUGGAGCAGUUGACACGCAGUCAUUGGGAGGGUUUUGCCUCUGAUGAUGAGAGUAAUGUUGUAAUCACCAGGCCAGAUUCAGAGAGUCCCUGUGUGCUGACUGAACCACACCCUUUGGUGUUGCCAAGAGUGCCACAGUCUAAGGUGCUGUCCAUCACCUCAAAUCCGAUGAGUCUCUGUCAAGCAAGUAGUCAUCAGCCAAAUGUGAAUGGUCUCUUGGUUCAUGGGAUGCCUCUCCAGCCAAGAAAUCUCUCCCUAAUGGACAAGCUCCUAGAUCUUGAUGACAAGCUACUUACGAGGCCUGGGUCCAGUACCAUCCUUUCAACCCGAAGUUGGCCAAAUCGAACCAUGGAGUUUAGUACAUCAUGUCUCUCAUAUACUGUGCAGUCCGCCAGGAGACGCAAUCCCCCGCCGCGUACCCUUCAUCCCAUCAGCACAAGCCAUUCACGUGCUGGAACGCCAAGACCUGUGGAAGAGCUCCUUAGAGCAUCUCGAAUCCCAGCGGUAGCUGACUCGCUCUCCUCCCCUUCACCGAUGCCCCUGAGUCGAAAUAAUCUGCUGCCACCUAUUGGCACAGCUGAAGUUGAACAUCUGAGCACAGUGGGGCCACAAAAGCAAACGAAACCCCACAGUGAUUCCAGUCGAGCUCGAAGUGCAGCAGUGGAUGAACCCAACUAUCAGCAGCCCCAAGAGAGGCUCCUUUUACCUGACUUUUUCUCCAGGCCCAAUACAACACAGUCAUUUUUGCUGGAUACGCAGCAGCAUCAUUCACAUGCAACCGAGUAUCCUCAUCAGGCCCGACCUGGUAGGGGAUCUGCAGGUCCUCAGUUACAUGGGUCUACAAAAUCUCAAAGCAGAGGUGGACCAGUCUCUAGAACCAGGCAGGGACCAUAGGGCAAUGAGAAGAACGCAUCAGGCUGCAGGGAACACUUGGGAAGAUUUCAUGAAUCAGUGUUCAGUCAUGGAGUGAUGCAGAACUUGUAUAUAAGAUCAACUUGAAACCAUCUUCAUGAAGAAUUAUUUUGGUACAACUGACUGUGAAAAACACAACAGAGUAUCCGCCAAAGAUUACAUGGACACUGUUUCUAUAUCGUUACUGUCUUCUUGCAGCAUAAAUUAACCCAUUCUACUGGACAGUAAAGUUUGUACCCAAAGAUGUAACAAUGAAUUAAUACCCAAAUCACUGCUCAUGUUGUCUGUUAACAAUGACCAGUUCAAUUAUUAUAGGUUUCUAUGAGAUUACACGUACAUGAAAAGCAGCAAAUGAUUGUUUGAUAAUAGUAUUAUUGGCUUUAGAAUACUUCCGCUUGUAUUAAUUUCUGGAGAGCUGUAAUUAAGUUCUAAGUCAUUUUUAAGAGAUGGUGCUGUCAAAAAUCCAACCUACUCAUCAAACAGAUGUCAUUCCAUAGCUUUCUCUUUAGAUGUCCAAUCCUAUCAGCAGA